UUUACAUUUAGCUAGCUUAAUAAGCAUAUAUUAGGUUUUCAGAGAGACAGAGAGCGAAGAGAGAGAGCGAUGGCUGGAGACAACGAAGCUGCAAGCACACUUGAAGCUACGCCAACAUGGGCUGUAGCCACCGUUGUCUUUGUGUUGAUAGUGGUCUCCACAAUUAUAGAGUAUUUGCUUCAUCUUUCACACAAGUAUUUUCAUAGGUUGAAAAGGAAGGCUCUCAUUCAGGCUCUUGAUAAGAUCAAAUCAGAAUUGAUGCUGCUAGGGUUCAUAUCGUUGCUACUAACCGUUGGUCAAAAGCCAAUUGCAAAUAUCUGCAUCUCUAAAAGCUUGGGUGAUUCUUUUCUUCCUUGCAAGAGCUCCACCCACAGUGAUGCCGAAGAGGAAACCAAAUGCUCUAACCAGGGAAAAGUUUCUUUGAUGUCCAGGGAGGGCGCGAAUGAACUCCAAUACUUAAUUUUUGUGCUUGCUGCGUUCCACGUUUCGUCUUGUGUCCUCACCUUCGCUCUUGGUAUGGCCAAGAUGAAAAGGUGGGAGCUUUGGGAGGCAGAAACCAGAACAUUGGAGUAUCAAUUUACUCACGAUCCACGAAGGUUUCAGCUCGCACAUCAAACAUCAUUUGGGAAGCGGCAUUUGAGAUGUUGGAGUGAUCACGGAUUCCUCCGUUGGCCGGUCAGCUUUCUGAGACAAUUCUUUAAUUCUGUAUCAAGAGUGGAUUACUUCACUCUCAGACAUGGAUUCAUAACGGCACAUUUUGCAGAAGGAAGCCGUUUUGACUUCCAGAAAUAUAUAAGACGAAAUUUGGAGAAGGACUUUGGUGUGGUUAUGGGAUCAAGCUGGUGGAUUUGGCUGUUCUCAGUAUCUGUUGUCAUAUUCUUCACUGCAGAUGGUUUUUACAAUUAUCUGUGGGUUCCCUUUAUUCCGUUAGUGAUGCUCUUGCUGGUGGGAACAAAGCUUCAGGAGAUCAUAACUAAAAUGUGCCUAGACAGCCAUGAUAAAUCUCAUGUUGUUAGAGGAGCUUUGCUUGUGAAGCCCAGUGACCACUUUUUCUGGUUCAACUGGCCCCAGUUGCUUCUCCAUCUUUUGCACUUCAUUCUGUUUCAGAAUUCCUUUCAGUUGGCAUUCUUCACAUGGACUUGGUACAAAUUUGGGCUUACAUCAUGCUUCCACCAUGAAACUGAGGAUAUUGUCAUAAGGCUGGCCAUGGGUGUAAUGGUACAAAUCCUAUGCGGCUAUGUCACUCUGCCUCUCUAUGCUUUGGUCACGCAGAUGGGUACAUCAAUGAAAAAAGGCGUGUUUACUGCAAAUGUGAUGAUAGGGCUGAAAAAAUGGAGAGCCAGGGCCAGGAAAAACCUAGCUCUUCGGAACCCAGCACGAUUGUCGUUGGAUGCUUCGCUUGAAACUUCACUAUCAGUAAACACUUCACCUUCUUUCAGUGCUCAUGAGGCUUCAUUCUCCACCGUAGAGUUUGGUCGUCCGUCCGACGAUGCAGAAUAUGUAGCACUUGAAAUACUGGAGGCCCAAAAAGCACAAGAAAAACAGGCAGCUGAGGGACAGCAAAAUAAUGGUUCAUUAGAUCAAUGGAUCUGACUUGAGGAGUAGUAGAAAAUCUCCAAGAUGAUCAAUAUCUAUUUGGCCAUUGGAGAAGACCAGUUUGUUUGUUUAGCUUUGGCCAUGAUGGGGUUGUUUGUAUAGUUAAAAUUGCCCCCAUCAUCUUGUGUUUAUGUUCAUAAAUUAAAUUAGAGCUUAGGAAAUGUGGUUCGAUUUUGCUGCCAAUGAAGUUAAUUUACUUA